AUGGCAUCUCAACGCCUCCCUCCUAUACCAAAUGCCUUUCCGCCAAAGGAUAUUCCAGCAAUCAAAGUAAUGUUAACUCAUCUAUGCCACCAAAACAAAUUCUCCCCCGGCAUCAUCCGAAUCUCCGAAAUAAAAAGCGGUAGCAAGAACAAUAUCAUAUUAUUUACAUGGAUUCUAACCACAAUUCCCCUUGGUAGUCGCAUGGCCCCUUGUAUGCACUAUGUCUUGCGGACCCCGAAAAUGCAAGGAGCAAUCCCCGACCUUUGGAUCCUGAGAACCGCCGCUUUCGAUUUCAUCUCCGCCAAGCACUUUGAAGUUCCCAAACUAUACGCUUAUGAUGCUAGAUGCGGUAACGCCAUCAGAUCUCCGUAUAUUAUACAGCAACAAGUGGAAGGGUACACCUUACUGGAAAAAUAUCGUGUACUAUACCACACUUAUCUCACAUACGACCAUUACAACCCAUGUUCUGAUUACGGAGAAGCUGCAUCUAUCAUUUCCAUGUAUAUUGAGAGACAAGAAUUGGCGUAUCAAUUUGAGUAUUACGGUACUCUUCAGCCCGUUUCAGGAAUGGCUCUCCAGAGUUCCAUUCCUGAUAGGGUCAAGGAUCGAAUUGGCUUAGAUGUUAAACCAUUCAUGAAUACACUAUCCAUGAAAGCUAAUUCAAAGGCUAUCGAUUUCAUACUCGAAUUACUAUUUACGUCGGAGUCCCAGAAGCGAAAUCCGGAGCAGGAAGUUAAAUAUCGGAAGAUUCGCCACAUCGCUUUAUGUAUCAAGGUUUUGGACAACAAUGAAAUUUAUCGUGCUGCUCACAAACCCGAACCAUCUGUUCUUUGGCAUCCGAAUUUCCAGCCCAGCAAAAUAAUGAUGACUGCUACGCCGUACAAAAAAGACGUAUCCGGCGUAUUGAACGACGACCCCACCCUAAAGGAAUCUUACAAACUAGAAGCGGUACUAGGGUGGGAAGGUGUCAUGACACUCCCUCGUAUUAUGACUCGAUGCCCUCCUUAUUUUUGUUGGGGAGAAGGUCCUCAAGUACACUUGGCAGACAAGUGUUUAUGGAAAUAUACUUGCGUCGAUGAGAUGAUAGAAGAGGGUCUACCUGGAUGGUGCGAAGAUGCUUAUGGAGAGAUGUCGAGGAUUGUUAGGGCGUUGGGGUUUUAUGCAUUGUUUGGUGUGGAUUUUGAAUGGUAUGAACUUCCUUUUGAGGUUUUGAUAGAUGCAUGGGCGCGUAUCGAUCCUGAAAUGAGGAAUUUGGAGUAUGCAACUAAGUAG